UAAUUGUUGUGAUAAACUUAUUAAAUAGAUAAAUUUGUGUAUGGUGCAAUUGCAGCAAAGAUGAUAGCCCUCGGCUUCUCAUCUGCCGCCGAAAGGGACGGACAGAGGAAAGCCUCUAUUCUGAAACACUGUCGACCAAAUGAGGAAGUUGCAACUCCCUCUCAAUUAGGACCCACUAUUCUUCACAUGGCUCCGUUGUCACGUGGAUCCUACAGAACAGCUGUGUCUUCCUGUUCCCUGCCUCUGGACCUGAUACUGUUCCUGUCAGUGGAGUCACACUUGGACAGGAUGCGCUCAGUGGGCAGUAUAGUGAACUGGCUGCACCACCACAUCUGUCCAGCUGCCAGAACAGACUUCGACCACUCUGCAUGGACUGCACUCAUUCACGCACAGCUGAUGAGAGACCACAGAUUCCAACCCUACUCACACACUGCAGCAGGAGGUGGGAAUGGUGUGGAGCAGUGGCGUGUCAAGGGUGGGGAGUGGAGGGAGAAGAUGAUGUUGAUGCUGAGGGGGGAGGAGACACUCUCCAAAUUGAGACACUUCCUGCCUAGAGUCAACACACUCAUGCAACAGAUAGUUGAAUCAUCUCGGGUGAAUCGGUCUGAGAAGAAAGAAGAGUUAGCGAGCAACUGUAAAACAAAUGGGGCGGAAAAUUGUACUUUGCUACUUGAUCAUUGUUACUCUCUCAUCAGUCAUCCUCAAUAUGGUCAUCCAAGUCAUGAAUUGCAAACCGAAUCAGGAAUAACUUCUGCUGUCCAGCAUACUCCUCAAGAGGCGCAGAUCUCUGAGACGAGUGAUGAUGUCAACAGUUUGAAUACCGCUUCGUCAAGGCCGGAAGAAAAUAUUUGUUUCGACCAUGAGCGAGCCUCAGAUCACGACUGUGAGAAGCAAAAUUGUUACGCCAAGUACGGCUGUAGUUUCACACGAGGCUUUACGAAAGAAGAAGUAGAGAAAGAGUUGGGAACUCUGAAAGUGGUGAGUGGGAAUAGAAGACGCAAACAGAAUCUGAAAAUGUGCCCAAUUAGAGUGAAGGAAGAAGUGAAAAGCGAAGUGGGCGACGAUGAGUGCAACAUGGAAGUGUUGAAGGAGCUGCGAACUCGUGAAGAGGACUUGUUUGGAAUCAAACUGGAACCGGGGGAUAGUAGAAGAGCUUCCCAAGUGAGAGAUGAUGCGCAGUGGACUGUGAACGGGAAGCCGAUUAAGAGAGACGAGAAUGGCAACAGAAUCAUCAAAAUUAGACAAUAUCAAUCGAGGGGAAGACCAAAAAGAAGUGAACAAUUUAAGAAAGAGACGACGAGGUUGCGAAUGAUCAAAUACCGCAAGAUAAUGACACUGACAGAGGAGCCAGAAGAGAUCAUAUCCAUGAUUCCCAAGUCGUUUUACAUCCCCAAGUCACUCCGGAAUCCAAUUAAGGACGAGUGGGAUCAACGCAACCCAGCAGGCAACUCAUGCGCAGAGUCGGUUGGGGUAAAAACAGAGCCAGAUGACUCUGUCUGUACAAAUGGUGACGUCAUGGUUGUGACUGAUAUUUACUCAGAAGAUGAUCUAGAUGUUGAUGUAACAGAUGACGCAACAGAUGAAGAUUGCGUAAUCAAGGAACUUUCCAAUCUAGACAUGGCUAUUGAUGCGAAUUUAGACUAUGCAUCGUUAUUCGUUCCGAAUGAAGGCUUUUUAAACAUGGGUGAGUUCAAAACAGAACCAUCGAGCAAUAAACAAUACCCGGAGAAUUAUGUGAAAGAAGGGCCCAUCAAAUCUGUUCCUUGCCGCAAGCCACGCAAAGCAGUGCCUACCAAACGUAAAUCGUCGUGUCAACAUGACAAGGAGCUCGAAAACUUGAAUAAAAAGACUGCCAAAACUAUCGACUCAACUUGUAAACGUUUAAAUGUAUGUAGUAAACAAUCUCCUAGAUCAUCUAAAGGCAAUCAUACUUCAAGUCAAUCAGAGCGUCAGAUGUCUUACAGAUCAAGCAUGUCAUCAUUGAACAAGAGUAAGAGGAAGCGACAGCCGAAUAGAAUGUUGUCCGACUUCCAACUGAGCAUGACUUUCAACUCACCCUCACAGUCUCCGUCCAAGAAGUCCAAACAGAGACUUCUAAGCAUGAAUUGUAACUCUGUGCUGUCGAAUAUAUUGGAACAGAGGAGAGCGAAGAGCAGGUCAAAAGUUACGAAGCUCCGAUAAAAAACUACGAAGUCAAUCGUUUAGUGAUCAGAUCUGCUGACAUGGAAAGGAAAGUCAGACAAUAUAAUUCUGACAAAACGUUCAUGUACAACUGAAAGUCAUCGAAAAAGAACUCAGUAUCAAAGCAGUAUAUUUAAUAAGUUAAAAUGUCUAUUUAUUGCAUCUAUCUUUUCUUAAUUUAUGACAUUUUCCUUAUGGACUCCAGGAAUAACGUUAUUUUCUCUCUGCUUAAGUUAAUGUAUUUCUAUAAAAGUGCAAUUUUGUAACUUAUUCAUGAACUAUGAGAUUUUUCUAUCGUAUG